AUGUCACGAGUGACCAGCCCCAUAGAUCACGAUGUGCUUUGUCGAUGUUAUGCUUCUCACACUUAUCUGAUUUGCACAGCGAACCCCGCGCUCACUCACUACAACCCAAUAGAUGGUGGAGCAAAGAUGGUAGAUAUAACCGAAAAGGCGAUGCGCAAUUUGGACAGGGUGAGUCAAGACACCACCGGGGAUUCAUUGAUCCGCUGGGCCAUGGCUGAAGGCAAGGUAACAAUCACGGAAUCCAUUCGCAAAGCACUCUUUACCAACACCGCAGAAGCAAACUGGAAUACACCCAAGGGUAACGUGAUGCAAGUUGCUCGUCUUGCGGGUAUACAAGCAGCCAAGCAAACUUCUCACUUGAUACCGCUGUGCCACCAGAUCCCUUUGACCAUGGUUCAGAUAAACUUUCGGUUAGAAGGGACUACAGUCAGAAUUCAGUCAGUAGUCAAAGCUGUCGGGAAAGCAACCGGCGUGGAAAUGGAAGCACUGACUGCUGUGGCUGUGGCGGCACUUACAACUUACGAUAUGCUCAAAUCAGUGGAACCCAGUGGUAUUGUGAUUUCACAAAUUGAACUGCUUGAAAAGCAUGGAGGCAAGUCCGGGAGUUUCGUCAAACAGGCUAACCACGGGGUCUUGCAAUUGAUGAAGCAGAACGUAUGA